AUGCCGCCGCCGGUGCUGAUGGACGACCUCGUUGAGGAGGUUCUCCUCCGCCUUCCGCCCGACGAGCCCGCCUGCCUCGUGCGCGCCUCCGCCGUCUGCAAGCCAUGGCGCCGCAUCCUCGCCGGCCAGCGCUUUCGCCGCCGCUACCGGGAGUUCCAUCGGACACCUCCCGUCCUGGGACUCUUCGAAAGGAAUGGGCGUUUCGUCCCCACCUCCGACCUCUUCCCUGCCAAGCACGACCACUCCGACUGGUUUGUCACAGACUGCCGCCACGGCCGCGCCCUCGCCAUCAUCAUCAAAUCCCUCGCCGUCUUCGACCCUAUAACGGGCCAGCGGCGCCGCGUGCCCUGGCCCCGUCCCGUUGACCAGUUGACCCACUUCAGUGCGGCGGUGCUCUGUGCCGCACAAGGCUGCGACCACCGCAGUUGUCAAGGAGGGCAUUUCUUUGUGGCCUUUGUGACCACUAGGAAAGAAGUCUCAUUGGGCUGGCUGUACUCAUCGGAGACUCGCGUGUGGAGCAACCUCACCCCUGUUCAUCACCCCAACGUCAAGUCUACCUCUGCCAUUGCUGUGCAUAGCGUCCUUUUGGGCGAUGCAAUCUACUUCAAUGCGGAUAGCAUCAUCGAGUGCCAACUUGGUACACGCUGUUUGUCGAUGUUCGAGAAGCCAAUCGAUGACAGUGGGAGUCUCAUGAUGGCCGAAGACGGUAGGCUGGGAUUCGCUGCGGUGGUGGAAAAACAUAGGGUAAUCGAUCUUAAGCUGCUGCUCCCUGAAGGGGCCCUCUCGAUCCCAACAUUUCAAGAUGGGGUUAGCGGCAUCGCUGAGGGCACCCAAGUCAUUUUUGUGAGCACAUGUGUUGGUUCCUACAUGGUCGAUCUCAAGUCUCUACAAGUCAGGAUGGUGUCUCGUCCUUGCAAAAGAAUCUUUCCCUACAUGAGCUUCUACAUCCCAGCAAUGGAAGCAGCUUGUACGGGACAGGGGCAAUGA